UUACUAUUAUGUAGUAUUUACUACCAACCUGAUGGAACACAGAGCCAAUGCAUCUUCUGGAUUCACAUCAUCCGACUAUGGUUCGGCGUGCUGGAUGACACAGGCUGCCACGCGCAGUAAGACAACUUUGAAUCAUGGCUAAAGCUGACAUCGAUAACACGUUCAAGUUGGAAAAUUGGCUGAUGAUCCCAGUAACUUAACUUAAUCGCGUGCAGUUAAAUACCUACGUAUGCUACAUACUGAUUAUGGAGGCGCAUACCCAAGAUAUGACUCUUCAUUCUUCCUGCCAAGAUAUACGGUUGCAUCUCAAUAUCAUCUUACUUCGGCUCUAUUGAUUAUCCGAGCACCCUUGGAUCAAACGGUUUCAUGCUUCAGACUUUGUACCACUUCACACUAUCACGCCUCCAAAUCCUGGAGAGAUGUCUGCACCAGCUCCAAAGAAAGACAUUGGUCAAUCUCCCGCACUGGCUUGAUUGAUGGUCUGCUAACAAAUAUCGCAGACUGGUCACAACUUGGCCUCGCCCUUAACCUUUCGGUGAACGGCCACAUCGAAACCCGUUACCAUCUAUCUACAGGUCAAUGGACAACACCAAUAUUGAUAGCAGAUCCCAACAUCUCUGUCAGCGGCCUAUCUCCAGGGCUAAACUACGGCCAGCAAUGCUAUGAGGGUUUGAAAGCCUUCCGGGCCGAAGAUAAUAGGAUAACAAUCUUCCGCCCAAAAUACCAUGCUGCGCGCAUGGCCCGCUCUGCCACCUCAGUGUCGCUUCCACCGCCAUCGGAAGAGCUCUUCCUGGAGUGUCUGCGGCUAGCCGUCGCUGCGAAUGCCGAGUAUGUCCCUCCUGCUGACGCGGAGGCGUAUUUGUACAUCCGCCCUGUGCUCUUCGGUGCGUCUGCCAGGCUUGCGCUCGCGCCACCUGAGGAGGUUAUCUUUGCCAUAUACGUCCAGCCUACGCGGCCCUACCAUGGGUCUGCUGCCAUAGACGGUGUGGUGCUCGAGGACUUCGAUCGCGCGGCGCCUCGGGGCAUGGGUGGAUACAAGGUCGGCGGCAAUUACGCGCCGGUCUGGAGACAUGCUGCCAAGGCCAAGGAGAUGGGUUAUGGUAUUACCCUUCACUUGGACAGCGCUACUCGGUCAUUGAUUGAGGAGUUUUCGACGAGUGGCUUCUUGGGUCACAGGGAAAUCGGCGGCAAGAAUGUUCUCAUUGUCCCAGAAACGGACAAUGCUAUCGCUAGCACUACGAGUGAUAGUAUGGUACGAUUGGCGGAGCGCGAGGGUUGGGUUGUUGAGAAGCGCGAGGUUCCCUUCUCCUCAAUUUCAGAUUUAGAUGAGGUUGUCGCGGUCGGUACCGCUGCUGCUGCUGUUCCAGUGCGGAGCAUCACGAGGCUGUCCACGGACGAGAAGUACGCGUUUGCCAGUUCCGAUAAUGGGGACGGCAAGUUGGUAGAAUUAUCACAACUAAUGGCCUCGAUCCAACGCGGUAAGGCGGAAGACACUGAAGGCUGGUGUUGGGAAGUAACAGAUUUCCCUGACCAUUCAACCGCGUUGGCGUCUAGUCUCACGGCCGGCAAGAUGUCUCUAAUCGGUAGUGCUGUGUCGACACUGCACAGGAAUGUUGUCGGAGGCUUGUGGAAUGCAGUGUAUCUCCUCCGUGGGUAACCUCUUUUUUUGCUGUCUUGUAAAGGCACAGGCUUAUCAAGGAGUUCAGGCGCCGGUGAAAUUCCUUUGAUUAGUUUAAAAUAAAUCCUAUGGUGUCGUUAAUUAUUACAUGCCAAAGUCGAAAUCCGCGAAGAAUAUUCCUUGCUCGCCUUCAUCUUGUUUAUCUUCUACCACAUUCAAUCGAGCAGUUAUGUUUGCUUACCAUGCACGGUACACUAUAUAGUCACGAAAGAUUCAAUACCCAUAAUUAGAUCCGCAUCAAUGUUACUUUCUGCAC